CCACUUACUACUCUUACUAUGGUAUCUGCGUGGGUUCGACCAACAAACACAGCCCAGCCAAGUCGACAGCCAAGUUCGAAAUCUCCCUUCUUGGACAGGGGUUGCCCCAGACUUAAUUGGACUUAAUUGACCACCCCGUCGACUUCUCCAAAAUACCCCUCUGAGCCAGAAAAGGAGAACACAUGUGUUGCUCUCCUUUCGACAAGAAACGAGUUGCUUAAUCUUCUCCAUGAGACGCAUUUCUGUAUCGCUCCCGACCAGAAAUAGCCAACGUGAUCCACACGAAAAGCUGGCUCGAUACGGAACCCCCCCAGGGGCAUCGACCCUCAAAACAAAAAUUGACAGUGUCAAAACCGCCUGGAUGACGCAAAGUCAGCGCUCGAGGUACAUGAAGACGGGGAGCAUCCUCCUCUUCAUCGUAUUCCUCUUCUACUAUCUUGCGCCUAAGGGUGUCCAUGUUGGGAGCGGCUCAGGGAGCGGAUCAAAUGCCGUAUCGUCUGGCUCAAAUGGUGUAUCUAACGCUGAAGUGAGCGCCGCAGGUUCCACGACAUGCACGAAAUCUAGCGAUCCAUCAAAACCUCUCAAGCAAUAUGUUCUUAUGAUCGAUGCAGGAAGCACCGGGUCGCGUAUUCAUGUAUACCGCUUCAACAACUGUGGCCCGACGCCUUACCUAGAAGACGAGGCGUUUAAAAUGACGGCCAAGGUCGAGGGAGGGUCGUCAGGGCUUAGCUCAUUCGACGGCGACGCAGAAGGUGCUGCCAAGAGUUUGGAUAUGCUCAUGGAUGUUGCCAUGGAGUAUGUGCCAGAAAACUUGAGGUCUUGCAGCCCUGUCGCAGUCAAGGCUACUGCCGGACUCCGGAAACUGAGUGGUGAUAAGAGUAAUAAUAUUCUUGCUGCUGUUCGUACUCGACUUGAGACCAAGUAUCCGUUCCCAGUCGUUGCGGGUAAGGAGGGCGUGGAGGUCAUGGAAGGUAUGGACGAAGGUGUUUAUGCCUGGAUCACAACCAACUAUCUCCUUGAUAGGAUAGGAGGCCCAGAUCAUAUCCCAACAGCAGCAACUUUUGAUCUCGGAGGCGGAUCUACCCAAAUUGUCUUCGAGCCGACGUUUAGGACCGGAGCUGGUGGUGUUCCCGAGAAAAUGGCACCGGGUACCCACAAGUACGAUCUUGACUUCGGUGGGCGACACUUCGAACUCUACCAGCAGUCCCACUUGGGCUACGGGCUUAUGGAAUCCCGCAACUCCAUUCAUAAACUUGUUAUCAAUGGUCUUCUCGCGGAGAAUCCAGACGACAAGGCUUGGCUUAAAAAACCAAUUGUCAACCCUUGCAUUGCUCCUGGUAUGACGAAAGAGGUCAAAAUAGAGAUGGAUAAAGGCCAUGACCUUGGCCCGCUUCUUAUUGUUAACAUGACGGGCCCUUCGUCACCCGCCCCUGCUCAAUGCCGCGGGUUGGCGGAGAAGACCCUUAAAAAGAGCUCUGAGUGCCCGCUUGCACCAUGUUCAUUCAACGGUGUCCAUCAACCAUCCCUCGAAAAGACCUUUACAAAGGAGGACGUGUUCAUUUUCUCUUACUUCUACGACCGCACGGCACCACUUGGAAUGCCAGAGUCGUUCACAUUGAGAGAGAUGCACGAUCUCACUCAUCAAGUUUGCCAGGGAGAGCCAGCCUUUAAUACAUUCGCAAGCAUCCCAGACGCCGUAAAAGAGCUAAAGGAGCGCCCAGAGUGGUGCUUGGAUCUGAACUUCAUGAUGGCAUUGUUACAUACUGGAUAUGAGAUGCCAAUUGAUAGAGAGGUGAAGAUCAAUAAGAAGAUCCGAGACUUUGAGUUGGGAUGGUGCUUGGGAGCCAGUCUUCCUUUAUUGGCGAAGAACUCUGGCUGGACAUGCAAAGUUAGUGAGGUGUCACACUAAACGACUAGUUAUGAGAAUGCAUCAUAGGCGUCUGUGGCUUUUGUAAUAACCUUGAACUGUAUUAAUAUUGGGAUAUAGACGAUGGCUGCCUCGCAGCCACGUAUUUUAUAAGUAGAAGUUUCCUUCAUAACGAAGCCUAUGCCAG